AUGAGCUUUGUGUCGGCAGAGCAGUUGUCGAAAGUCGAUCUAGAAGACUCUAGCGUGUCUGACGAGUUGCUGAAAGUCGAUAUUCUAAGUAACAACCAUCAACACGACGAUCUUCUAAGAAAUGCAGAAAACAUCACGUAUCAGUACAUCGAGGAUGAUGAUGACGAUAACAGCAUGAACCAGGUGAUCCGCGGAACUAAUUUCACUGCCAAAGACACCAGAAACCUCCUCCACGAGUUGCAGAUCAAUAAUGAAGAACCUUCAAAACAUCAUAAUAAACCAUUGCUGCCCACUCUACACAAACAGGUGCUAUUGAUGAAAAUCCAACAAGAAAAGGAACGACAGGGGCUUGUAGAAAUCGCUAAACCCCAUUUAAUCCAUUCUUCACCAUUGAAACCUUCUUCUUCAUCAUCAUUAUCAUUCUCGUCAUCGAUCCUUAAAAAAUCCUCAGAAGACCCUAAAUCAACUAUUAUUUCUAAAAAGAAAAAAAGGAGCUCUACGAUUUCCGAAGGCACAAUAUUACCCCCAAUCUACGAUGAUCAUGAUCUGCUUGAUUUUACUGAUCUCCGCAAUCAUAAAAGUAUAAACCCCACGGCGUUGGCCGAUGCUCUCUUAGAUAAAACGUCGACCCCAGCAGCAGCAGCAGCAGUAACAGCAACAGCAACAACAACAACAACUACAACCCCCAACUAUUCAGUGCACUUUUCCCAUAGAAAACACGUUAUGGUUCCAUCACUGGACCUGUCGCCAUCAAACAAUACUACUGAUUUGAUUUUAAAGAAAAAUACUAAAGAAAAUACCAAAAAGUACAACUAUUCCACCGACAUGACCGACGAAUCUGAUAGCGAUCCCAGUCCCACUCCUAGUCCCACGAGGAAUUCCAAAAAGAUCCAGAGCACCACCCAACUAAUUGCCGAAGAAAUCCAAGCAGAACAGCAACAUCAACAAGAAGAAACAGAUCUUGAUACCCCUAAUCUUUGGCAAAGAAUGUACCUGGACCCCCAGAUUCCCUUGACUUUGUCAUUGUAUCUUCAAGUUGCCGUGAACUUUGCCCUCUUUACCGUGGUAUUUGGGUUCAUUUACGCGCUAGUGUGGACGGUGUGGACGGAUAUUAACAACAAAGUCACCACAGAGUUAUUGGAGAUCACCCAAGAGAUCCUGCUUUGUGUGAGAGAAUAUGAGCGCAACCAUUGUGCACCAUCUCAGAGAGUGCCAGCAUUAGAAAUCGCGUGCUCGGCUUGGGAAAAAUGUAUGAGUCGUGAUCCUCAAGUGGUGAGCAAGGCGAAAAUUGGUGCAGAGACCUUGGCAGAGAUUCUUAAUGGGUUUAUCAAACCAAUCAGUUGGAAGACUUUAGUGUUUGUAUCUUUUGGGCUUGUGGGGUCGUUUAUCGUGAACAAUUAUUUCUUUGUCAGUUACACCAGCCAUCGUUACGAACCUGAUCCAUUCCAGCAACAUCAAGUCACCACCCAAAUGCGAUACGUUACCAAUUCUAUAUGUCAUGAUGAGGAACAACAAGAGGACGAAGCAGAGGAAGAGGAGAAUAAUAAUAAUAAUAAUGAUCGUGGAAAUGACGCCAUUACCCCUUCACAAAAUAAGAAACCCAAACCUUUGCAACAACAAAAGCGGGUGGAGAUGUUCUCGACCCCUCAACAUUCUGGUAGAAGGUACGUUUCUCCGACAAAAUCGACAAUUUUCUCCAGUGUUCCAAGAACUAACCAGGGAAAUAAUAAUAUCACUCCAUAUAAAUCGGACGGCAACAAUUCUACGUUCAUGGGGAUCUUAUCAAGAUGUUCGCCAAUGAGAAUGACCCCAAAGUUGAGUCCUGAGUCUUUAAGGCAAAUCAUGAGACCAAGAGGCAAUAGUGGAGGGUCCCACUAUAGAAGCCAACGAUAA